AUGAUGGUAGAGGCAAAGGCCCCUGCAUGCAACUGCAAUAAUGGGGCAGUUAUGCAAGAGGUGCCGCAGUGUACAUGUGUGUGUUUUGGGGAUUUUAUUCUUCCCAAUUGUCUUUACACUGUUAAUGAUUCUAUUAACAUGGAACUGUGGCUACAAAGCGAUAUCAUCAACAGUAGUGUCAGCAAAUAUGAACGUCCACCACUCUCUGGUGAGGAUAUCGUUUCUGUUCUCAGUAAAGCCCUUGGACUUGGUGAAUCUGAUAAAUCGAUUACAUUUUUACAAUUAAAGGAUGACAGCUUUGCAGUUGAUCCAAAAGAAGAAAAAGAAACAAAAGAUGUAAUAGAGGGAAAUUAUUUUGUUAUUAUUAUUCUAGCCACUGUACGUGUACCUGGCUGGGCUGCACAGCAAUUACUAGCGGAUAUGGCCCAAAAUAAUACCAUCGCCUAUACUUUUAAUAGUAGUUUCACUGGUAUAUCGUAUACAUUAAUGGAUGUACUGGAGGAUGCCUCAGGUCCUUCACUUCCCGUACGUUAUCGGGAUGAAUAUAUGGGAUUUUAUUUACUCCCUGAUUCCUCUUGGUAUAUUGUGAUUUCGAAUAUUGGAUGGUUUGUUGGGGCCCUUCUCUUGGCUGUGUUUAUCCCAUACUUGGAGCAACGUUAUUUAUAUAAUAUGUGGGUCAGUGCGGCUCCCAUGCUGCUGCAUCCAGGACAGAAAAAUCCAAAUGCCUUUGCAAACACAAAGGCGGCAAAUACAAAAACAGGGGCUCGUCCUGUUGCCAGAAGUAAUUCCGAUAAAAUGAGAGAACAGAGACUUAUGGAAGCACGGCGGCGUAAAUCCAAAGCGAAGCGAAGAAAGUCCAUGAAGAAGGGAAGUGUCGCGGAGGAGACUCGACUCUACGAAGAGCGUCGGCGGAAGUUGAUGAAAGAUGCCCCAGUGAACAGUGCCGUACGGAAACGGAAGGAAGGAACUAAUCCACUUCGUACACCCGCCGCGAAGCCCCCUCAACAGAAGUAA